AGGGAGGGGAUUCAUUUGAAUGGACGCUUACUUUAAAACUGCGCGCAACUAGCAGAACAUCCGUCUUGUUUGCAGUACGUUUACAAGGAUAAGAUUGAGCAGGAUUUUUGAGCAAGACAUUCUAAGGAUUUUUUUUUUUUUGCCUUUGCAGUGUGUUAAUCAAAUCUAGAGGAUUCAGCAAUGGGCAAGGAGGCAAGACCUUUGUGGGACAAUCCUGUGCAGUUUGUUCUAGCAUGUGUCUCUUAUGCUGUCGGACUUGGCAAUGUUUGGCGAUUCCCAUAUCUGUGUCAAAUGCACGGUGGAGGUGGAUUUCUGAUCCCAUAUCUAAUCAUGUUGGCCCUGGAGGGCAUUCCACUGUUCUACAUGGAGCUGGCAAUUGGACAAAAGACGCGACUGGGCAGCAUCGGGGCAUGGAAUGCCAUCAGCCCCUACCUUGGAGGAGUGGGUAUAGCAAGUGUUAUGACAUCCAUGUUCCUGUGUUUGUACUACAAUAUUAUCAAUGGAUGGGCCUUCUGGUACCUCUUUCAUUCAUUCCAGGCAGUGCUACCCUGGGCAGAUUGUCCAUUAAAUGAAAAUCAGACAGGAUACCUGCAUGAGUGUGAGGUCGCCACACCCACGCAGUACUUCUUCUACAGGGAGACCCUUAAUAUCACUUCCUCCAUCAAAGAGAAUGGGGGCAUUCACAUGGGCCAGGCACUGUGCCUCCUGCUGGCCUGGAUGAUAGUCUAUCUCUUCAUUAUACGAGGGGUUCAGUCCACUGGCAAGGUGGUGUAUUUUACAGCUACCUUCCCCUACCUGGUCCUGAUCAUCUAUUUGAUCCAAGGACUCACACUUCAUGGGGCACUGAAUGGCUUGUCCUACAUGUUUACUCCUAAGAUGGAGCAGUUGGCCAAUCCCACAACAUGGAUCAAUGCUGCCACUCAGAUAUUAUUCUCCCUCGGCCCAGGCUUUGGCUCCCUUAUUGCCUUUGCUAGCUACAACCAAUACAACAACAACAUUGAGCGGCAGGCCAUCAUAGUCUCCUUGAUUAACAGUGGCACAUCCAUCUUUGCUAGCAUUGUUACUUUCUCCAUCUACGGUUUCAAAGCUACAUUAAACUAUGAGAAUUGCCUGGAAAGGGUGAGAGUGCUGCUUUUAAACACCUUUGACAUGGCAGAAGACACCAUCAACAUGGACAACAUCAAUUACUGGGUAGCAGAGCUGAACCGCACAGAUCCAGAACAGUUUGCAAGUAUAUCCUCAAAACUAGACCACUGUGAUCUGCAAGCUGAGCUGAACACGGCUGUGGAAGGUACAGGUUUGGCGUUUAUUGUCUACAGUGAGGCCAUAAAGAACAUGCCAUUGCCCCAGCUGUGGUCUGUACUGUACUUCUUUAUGCUGCUGAUGCUUGGGAUGGGGAGCAUGCUGGGAAAUAUCACAGCCAUCCUCACUCCACUACGUGACUGGAAACUUCUGUCCAAGUACUCCAAUGAGAAGUUGAGUGGUUUGGUGUGCAUUAUCUGUUUUCUCCUUGGCCUGGGCUUCACAACCCCGUCAGGCAACUACUGGUUCACCAUCUUCAAUGACUACGGUGCAAGCCUUUCCCUGCUCUUCAUCGUUCUUGUUGAGGUCAUCAGUGUUUCCUACGUAUAUGGAAUAAAGAGGUUUGAAAAGGAUAUUGAAGACAUGCUGGGUCAUAGACCUAAUUGGUACUGGAAGAUCAUGUGGGUGGCUGUUAGUCCUGUGCUGCUGAUUGGACUCUUCUUAUUCUACAUUGUCAACUACAUAAUGGGAGGCACACCCACUUACCAAGCUUGGGACAAAGACCUGGGCCAGUCGGUGACUGUGCCAUUCCCUGCAUUUGCACAGGUCUUCAUCGGCUUUCUCCUGAUAUCCUCCAUGGGGUGUAUCCCCCUGGUGGCUCUCUACAGAUUCUGGCAAAAGAAGAGACUGGGGGUUGAGGUUGUUGACAACACUUUGUCCGCUUAAAGUUGGAGAGAAGUUCUGAGACUCUGUGUGGGGGUCGGGACUGCACUUCAGUCCACAGAAAAAUGUCAAAGGGCAAAAAGUUCCUCACUGUGUGCCACCCUGGUUUAAAUGUGGUACAGAGUAUACAUUCAGAGCAUUACUUCUCCUUCUAAGUUGCACAUACUCAAGUAUACAGGCUUUUUGCCCCUCUGGCACACUUCACGGUCAUUGGUUCUUUGGUGAUAGUAGCUUCAAUCCUAUUAUAGUAUUUACAUUAGUUCAUCAUGGUAUUUUAACAUUAAUUAUGGUUCAAACUAUGGCUGCGUUUCCCACUUUCGAUGUACCUUAACGUUCUACGAAGGUUUUUAAGGUAUACCUUUCAAAGGGAGCUUGCUAUUUUGCGAGUGUUUCUCAGACUAUACCUUAGCAGUUGCCUUAUGGGACAGUUUCAAAGGUACGUUGUAAGUUGGAACUGGCCUUCACUGUGCUGCUGAAAAGUGUAUCAAUCGAUGCCACGCAAAUCGAUUGUCUCACUUGUAAAGGCUUAUGAAUGAAGUUUUAAUAUAACAAGUGUCAUAAUCAUUUUACAUCAAUCUAAUAUUACAGGAGAGGAAGCUAUGCCUACUAAAGAUCAUCCGGUAAUCUCUUUAAGAGUCAAGACAAGACCUUGUGAUAGUUUCAAUAAAUACAUAUACAGUAGGCUACAAAAGGUAAAAUGAAGAGCAUCAACAUAUAAGCCAUAGUCUGGGACUUCUUGGAAGCCCAGGAAAAAGGAUAUAGGCUACAUACGGGUGAAUUAUUUUGUUCUUUUUGAAACAAAGGUCUAAUGUUAAUUUGUUUUUGUCACACAAUAUAUAGGCAACUGUAGCAGCAUAUCCACUGAUUCCCCCUGACUUUUCUCUGCAGUGCAAAAGUGAUUGUAGAUGAAAGGCAAAAGUGCGUCUGUGGAAAUUGAUCAUGAUUAAUUCUAUACCGGGUAUGCCUUAUGAAUAGGCUUACCUGUUAAAGUGAUAUGUUCCUCCACCUUGAUUUGCUGUUGGAUAGUCUCAAGUUUAACCAAGAAUAUCAUUAUUGGGUUGUUUACUGAAAAUUGUAAAACAACAUGGUAAGAAAGAUGUAAUGUUGAUAUUUACCCAGUGCUAUUUUAUUUUAUAUAGGAGGUGUGAGCUAAAGGAAAGGGAUGUAGAUCAUUUGUCCUGUUUGUUCAUUAUGAGCCACCAUACCUGUGUGUGUGUUUAUGGCUAGGCCAAUCAAUGUGCUUUACUUCAGUCUAGUUCGGUCAUUCAAGUAUACUCACUCAAUGUCGGCCUUGCUCAUACAGGUUUUAUAUUCUUAAUAAACCGGCGGUUUGUUCCAAGUCAGUGUGAUCAUUAACUCACACACAAACAAACUAAUUUCUACAGGGUAUGCUGUCAGAAAAGGGUAUAUUCCUACAUCAUUUUCACCCCAUGCAGUACCAUAUAUUUCCAAUGGAGGGUAGAAGGGUGAAAUUGAUGUAGGAAUAAAUCCCAUGCAUUUUGAAAUGUGGCAGGUGGUCUUUAUUUUUUUUUAAAUAUGAAAAAUUCUACAGGUCCUGGAGCACCUGUUAAGCUAGACGUCAUCAUGAACACCAGUACGUACCAAGAUAUUUAAAUAAAACAAUGCACCCCCCCCCCCCAAUGAGCUUACAAGAUUUCCAUUUUCAUUUAAAAAUUAAACUUUUGAAUGCAAUUCACUUAUGAUUAUCUGCUUAUAUGUACAGAUAUCAUAUAAUGCAAUAUUAAGUGUUUACAGAGAGGUUUAUACAGUUUAAAUAAUUUUUAAUCAUGAAAAACUGGUUUAAGCAGGUACGUCCAAACUUUUAACUGGUACUGUAUAUAUAUAUAGCGUAUGUGUUUUAUGCAAGCAGUUCAGAGUAAAGUAAGAAAACCCAUCAAAAAUCUAAAUAAAACCAGUUAAAUUCCUUAAUCAAAAAGCUGCACUGAAAAGAUAUGUUUCCAGCUUUUUCUUGACACCCUUUAAUUUUUCAGUAUUUCUAAGGUUAGCUGGCUGGUUAUUCCAGAGGCAACGUGCAUAGAAAUUGAAUGCUUCUUGUCCUGGAGUUGUAGUUCCUACUCUUGGAAUAAUUAAAUGACCAGGAUAAUCUAAGGGAUCUAGAAGGUUCAUAAUCAAGAGCAUAUCACAUAUGCACUUUGAUGCUAGACCAUUAAGAGAUUUGUAAAGCAAUAAAAGUAUUAAAAAGUUAAUUCUGGAAAUAACGGGUAGCCAGUGUAAUGACUUCAGGACUGGUUUAAUGCAUUCAUUCUUUCUGUGCUGCCGUAUUCUGUAUUAGCUGCAGAUGACCAACCAUUUUCUUUGAAAGACCUGAGAAUUGGGCAUUACAUCUAGUCUGUACAAGUUUAUAUGCAUUGCAUGUUAGAUACCAAUCAUAGUCACAUUUCUAACAUGAGCCUCAAAGUUAAGAUCAGAGUCUAGGAUUGCUAACUUUGCUAUUAGGGGACAAAGAGCAGACAUGGGCACAGAUUUUUUUCUCUCUGAGCCUUUGCACCAAUGACUAGAUGUCAGUUUUAUCCCUGUUAAUUUGUAAAAAAUUGUGGGACAUCCAUAAAAUUAUAUCUGAAAGGGAUCAAAGAACCCUGAGGACCCAGAUCAUCAGGGGAUUAGGAAAUAUAAAGUUGGGUAUCAUCAGCAUACUGGUGAAAAUUAAUGUUAUGCUUCUUAAUUACAUCCCCUAGCAGAAACAUGUUCAAAUUAAACAAUAGUGGCACAACAAUGGACCCCUGGGGGACCCCACAUAUUAUUUUGCAUUUGUUAGAUGCGUGGUUGCCCAGGGCAACAUAAAAAAUUUCACCGAGUCAAAUGUGACCUAAACAAAUUUAGAGCCAAUCCCCUUCUGUCAAGCAAAGGUCCAUGAGCCUUAUAAGUGGCUUUUUAAGCCUUUCCAAACUGAAAUAUUUCAUCAACUCUUUUCCUCAUUUGUUGUGGAAUUUCUUAUGAUCAUGGUAUAGUGUGCUUGUAGAAACUUUGUGGUGACUACUCUGAUGGUAAGGUUUAAUAUCAGUGAGGUUUAGAUUCAACAGGGCUGGCUGCAAUAAAGCCUGCCUGUGUUCAAUCAGCUAAAUUGAAUUAUCAAUUAAAUUAGGUGAAUUGGUUGAUUGAGCUAACUAAGUGACCAUUACCUUUUUACAUGGGGGAUAUAGGUGCUUCAUUUAUUUAAUGAAAAAUGUUCAGUAAAUGAAACUAUCAUUUAAAAUACAAGUGUUGUGUUUACUCCCUAUAUUUAAUAUUACAUUUUGUCAAAAGAUCUGAAACCAUUCUCUGACAAAUAUUCAAUAAUGAAGGAGAUACAAUUACAGAUACAUUUUCACAGCACUGUAGCUGUUUACAUUUGUAGGUGGAAAAAUAAAAAAUGCUCUGGCACGGUACAUUAAACAUGGCCAGUUUUGCUAGUCAUGUUUGAAAACUCAUUUGUUUGUAAAUACACUCUGUGGUCAUAGAUGCUGAAUCACGAAAAGGCAGGUGUUAUUGUACUGAUAAAAAUGAUUGGCACAGGAGCCCAAUUGUGACAUAGAAACUGGGACCAGUUCUAAGUGGAAAAAAUGAAGUAGACUCAAGUUCAUAUUUUACAAGCACAUAAGUAUCAUGCCACACUGCACAGUCAAUUCCAAUGCCGGAAUUAUUUUUUUCUGGUGAAAAUUCUGAAUAUUUCCUAGUAGUGGAACAUUGUCAUGUAAUAUACAAGUAAUGUAAUGUAACAAUAUAAGCUGUACUCAUGUAUUUUAUUUACAUGUAUGAAAUUUGAAAGCUACCCUUCUUGUGUUGUAUCUACAAUUAAGUGAUAUGCAAUAAGGACUAAGUAAUAAUAAUUAUACCUUCAUGUACUGGUAAACUAUCUGCUGACUUUGGUAAAUGCAAGGUUUAUGAAUGACAUUGUUAAUGUAUAUGUUAACUUGGAUGCAUAUCAUUGAACCAAGGAUUGUUAGUAGCAGUGUCAAAAAUGUAUAUUUACAUAUAGGGCAAACCAGUAACUGUUUUCACUAUCUCUUUAUAAGCCAACAAUAUUGAUAGCAUGUUGAUGAAUACUUCCAAUAUAAGAUACUUUUUGCUAUCAGCCAUAACACCCUGUGCUCUUCUCAUGUCAAAGCUCUGCAUUUAAACAUGUGGGGGCUCAGGUAAUACUUGAACUGGAGAACUGAAAAUAAUUUGCAGAAGGAAGGGAUGCAUUCUUCUCUCUGACCCAAAUAGAAGAAUGUCUACAUUAUAUUACAUCACACUAAUUUGGCAGACACUUUUAUCCAAAGCGACAUACAAUAAAUGCAAUAAGUACCAAAGGUAUGUCUACGGCCCCUAGGCCUGCACUUAGUUGUUCUUCAGGUGAAAUGAGGUCCUGAGUCACUAAGAUCCCACAGUCCUUUUUGAAAUGGUAGGGGAUUAUAACUGGUUGCAUUUUGAUAAAAUGGACUCAACAUCUGAACCCCAAAUCAUCUCAUUUGGCUAUCUUCUUGUAAACCCCAGAGUAUGCAAAUGAGAAUUAUGUUCUCAGUUGACCGACCUGGUGAAAACAAACAAAAAAAACUUUUUUACUGUAAAUGUUUUGUUAAUAUUUUCUCCAUGUGUAAUCCAGAUCAUUUUUCUAUAAAAUGGUUUGUUGCUGCAUUGAAUGUAAUAACUAUCUUUUCAGGAUUAAUAAUUCCUAAAUAAUAAAAAGGUUACAAAUAACAAGUUUAAACUGUUCAAAUAAUUUCUGUGUCAAGUGGAUCAAGGCUGUAUUAUACACUGUCUUCCACUGUAGGCUUACAUCCUAAGUUAGUAGACUCACUAGCAUGACAGUCAUUUAGUUUGUAGUCAUUAUUUUCAUUUGUAGUGAAUACAAUGGCUGGAUUCUUGCAAUUGAGAGUUGAAAUGCUACAAAAUGGGUCCUGGUACUGCACUUAUUUUCAGUACAGUUAAUUGUAAUAUUAACUAUAAGCAACAGGUAGUAGAAAAACAAAUGGAAACACAAUAAUAUUCCACAGGUUCUCUUGGUUCUCUAAUGAUGUCAUAUUCCUCCUGCUACUUCUAGAAUCUGUAGAAUGCUGGUAGACCAUGUAAUGAUGGAUACAAGUGGUUCUAGUGGUAUGUGGUGCUCAAAUGCCCUAUUAUAUGUCUUCAUAUUGUUGUUUUUACUUUUUUGGGCACUAACGGUAGCUACAAAAUGAGAACAUUAGCUGUUCAGCAAGUUCAUUACAUUAUCCAGCAAGUUAUGAUAUCAUCUGGUGUUAUUACAGCACAUUGUAUUUACAAAAGAUAUGAUGUUAUAAAUAGUUAUUGCAUUAUCUGCUAUAUGCCUUUGUAAUAAAGCUUCAUAAUAACAUAA